AAUGCCACUGCCACAAGGGAUUGAAAAAUAAUCCCAAAAGGAAAUAUCUAGGCGUUCUUAUGCUAUUAAUUUUGAUCCAAUUUCAACAUCUGGAGGUGAAUUCUGCUACAUGCCAGUUACGCUGCUGUUAUUUGUCUGGGAGCAGUACUCUAUUGUUAAAAAAUUCGAGAAACCUUUUGGCAAUUAAGAAAGCCCGGUUAUGCACCCUGUUUGUGUGAGUUUUGAACAAUUCUUCCAGCCUUUGCCUCUCUUUUGUACGAUCAGCAAUCAGCCCUUUAGCAACGGGAUGAGAGGUUUGGUUGGAAAGCCUGCAACCGGUCCAAUUCCCAUAGUGUCACCCAGCUUCCUCCUGCUCUUAUUAAGUGCAAAGGAAGCUACCGGGACAUACCCUAACGUGGAACCCGUUUUUUCCCCACUCGGAAGCGCGUUUUCGAUAUAGUUGGUAGCUGCUGCCCGAUGCCCUUUCCUGUUCAACCGCGGGAGGCGGGGACUAGGAGGGGCCUAUAAAAAAGGAGGCGGACGGGACUCUGAGCUGUGCCGCGAGCGGGGGCCAGUGCGCUGAAGCGGGACAGGGCGCAGCGAUGGGAAUGCGGGCGGUGGGACUGCUGCUGCUGCUGGUGGUUACGCUGCUGACAAUGCCCGGAAGCGGCGCAGAGGUCUGCGGAGAGGGAGAGUACUUGUUUGAAGGCAUUUGCUGCGUGCUGUGCCCGGCAGGUACUUAUGUUGCUCAGCACUGCAGUACUCCACAUUCAAGAGGAAGAUGUGCCUCUUGCACCGAAGGAAGAGAUUACACUGCCCAUGCAAAUGGCUUGGAAGAAUGCUUGCUGUGCAGACAGUGCAAAGACGACCAGAUAACUUCAAGAACCUGUACUGUGACGAAUGAUGCUGAAUGCCAAUGCAAACAGGGAUACUUCUGCCCUGCUGAAGGCUGUGAAAUAUGUCAGAAAUGCAGUCAAAUGUGUCCAGAAGGGGAAGAAAUUGUGCAGAUUUGCAAUGCUACAAUGGACCGAGGGUGUGGCUUACCCAAUCAAGGAAAUAAAUAUUUUACUUGGAUGGCUGUAAUAAUUUUGGUUGCUGUUUUUCCUGUUGGUUUGCUUGUGUUCUACGCAAUAAGGAAGUGUAAGAGUGAUAAAGCCACUUUAUCUGACAAAGAAGAGAGAGACCUGGCAUCUGAAGAUAAAACACUUUUAUCAGAAGUGAAGAUACUUGAAAAUAAUGCAUCCCAUCCAGAUAGUGAGAACUCUGGUGAGAACCCAGAGGGCCAAGCAUACGAUAGUGUUAAUUUGGAAAUGAAAAACACAUCUCCAGAGGAAAACAGUGCUGUGUCUUCUAAGAGAGGCACCAUCCCACAGAAGAACUUGUGGCACCAAACACAAGAAUGUUGGAAGAGGAUCAAAAACUGUUCAUCAUCUACAAAAAAUAGUUGUAAUUCUACUUUUCAACCAAAAGCCCAGUGUAAGGUACAAAAGCAAAAGUGUAAAAUAAUUGUUAAAGAUCUCACUCAAAAAGAACAGAUGGAUUGCUUUUCUGCUUUUAUAAAUACAGUACCAGUGGAAAAAUGGAAGAAGCUUAUGAGAACUCAUCUGGAUGAAAAUGUUAUUGUUAAAAUUGAGUAUGAGUGGCCUAAAAACAUAUACGAGCAAUCUUAUCAGAUGCUUCUCACCUGGAAAAACACACUGGGGGAGAAACAAGCUAUUAUUAAGUUACUGGAUGAGUUAUGGGAUAUAGAUACCAAGGCUUACGGUAAAAUAGUACACGCUUUAACAAGUAAUAACAUUAUAAGUAAAAUAGAAGCUACAGCUUAACAUUUCCAAUGAACUUCAGAAAUGUUCCUGUAUGUAUAUAGGAAAUUUGUAUAAGUGAGGAUGUCAUAAGCUGCUGGUAUUAGUGGCUGUGUGGAUAUGAUGCCCUUCUUACCUGCGCAUGGGCUGGAAGUCGUUUAACACAGCCUGUGUGGAAUUGUGACAAUUCAGCAACAAUAUUCGCUUUAUUUUGUGUUGUGUUUUUUUUGAGAAGUACAAUGUGAAACUCAGGUACCAGCGGCAAUUGAGGAGCUCUGAGCUUCUGAGUUGGCCUUUCCUUUGUGAAGCUGUGAGGAAAGAAGCUACCUUUCCUGUGCUCUGCGGAGCCGAGAACACUUGCUGCAGUUUUUAACUGAACUGCCUUAUUUUCGUUUACGAGAUAAUCGCAUUUCAUUUGUGGUGGGAGCACGUGGCAUGCGAAAUGUUCUGUUCAAAGUACGGCAAUAAAAAGUCAGUAACG